AUGAACACAACAAAUCGUCCAGCGUUUGCCUUUUCAUUUCCAGUACGCCUGACUCACGAAGAUUCACUUAAAUACGCCUAUACCGCCGACGACUACUAUUUUGAAAUCCUAGAAAAGGCUCUAAAUAGCGGAGUGUUUAAGAAUACUGUGUUGGUUUUCUUUGGCGAUCACGGCUUUCGUUUUGGAAAUUUUUUAAAAACAUUUAUAGGCAAAUUGGAAGAACGAAUGCCCAUGAUGUAUGUUGCAGUUCCAAAGUGGUUUCAUAAAAAAUAUCCGCAAAUUGUGAAUUCUUUAUCGCAUAAUACAAGAAGAUUGACAUCAAACUUUGAUAUUUAUGAAACUUUAAAAGAUAUUUUAUAUUUUUCGGGUAAACCAACCGGGAAUAUUGACGCCAAAAAACAAAGGGGGAUAAGUCUGUUUGAAAAAAUCCCAGCUGACAGAACUUGUGAAAAUGCGGGAAUCCUUCCACAUUGGUGUGUCUGUAAAUUAGAAGAAGAUGAACUAACUAAAAAUACUAAAUUUCGCGAUAGAAGUGCGCAAUUUUUCGUAGAUGACGUUUAUCAUAGAUUAGCGAAUCACAAAAUGUGCUCAAGACUCGAACUUGAUGAAAUAAAAGUGUUCAAAAUAUUUAAAUCAACAAGCAGAAAUCCCGAUAAUGCUUCAAAUAGUGUCAAUCAUACCACAGUUACGAAUUCUGCUCUCUCUAUUGGUUCAAACAAACACAUAAUUAAAAUUUCUGUUGUAUUAAAUCCGAGAUCGGGCGAGUUCGACACCACCUUAGUUUACGACGCUUGGUCUCAAAAAUUUGAUUCUUACGAAGCAAUCAGUAGAUUGAAUAAGUAUGGCCACACGGCAGAUUGUGUCAAAGGUGAAAAGAUUCAAAUGCUUUGUUACUGUAAAAAACAGUUACUGGAUCUAUUCCAAGAUUGAAAGAUUAUGUGUUUUGGAAUGCCACCGGGUGUGUAUUUCAGAAACCAUGCGAUCAUAGAAACAAAAGCUAGUUUGGGUUUUUGGGGGUUUU